GAUAUUGUUCGUAGACGCGGCUUCCGUCCGAUACGGCGCUGACUGAAAACACAGAGAGCUUCCAUGGCGGCCGCCCUACAAAAACCGAAUCGCAGAACCGAUCCAUUUUCGUUCUCUCUACUCUACUCUCUCUCUCUCUAAUUGUUCGGAACCCAACGAGUCCAGAGAGGCCAAUUGUCGUCGGAUUAGCCGUUCGUACACGCGUAUAUAUAUAUAUUUAUAUACGAGGACUUCGGAACCCUACCUCGUGACUGGAUCGAGCAUGUCGAAAUCGUUGCCGUACUCGAUGAAAGAUGUUCAUUACGACAACGCCAAGUUCCGCCAGAGAUCAUGCCUCAAGUGUGUGAGAGGAAAGGCUUGUGUCAAGAAAGCUCUUUGUAAUCUCCAAGAAAGAUUGUACUCGAGUGGGAUAAGAGUGAGGGACUUCUUGUACUGUUCAAAGUUUGGAUUUCUAGUGGAAUUGCUCUUGGACUGAGGCUGGAUGUAGGGUUGCUUUUCAUGCAAUCCGAACCAGGAUAUAUCGUGCACCUCUUAUUUGUGGUGAUUACUCACACUUUACUCACCACUAAUUUGAAGCGUGAUUGUAUACAAUGUAGUACUGGAAAGUUUUUAGUGUUACUAAUGAUUGGCGGUUUAGCAUAUCUUAUUUUAACUCAUUCGAGUCAGAUAAGUUCUGUGAAUAGUUUGUCAAAAGAUAUUGGGACCAAGAAAAGGGAUACUGUCAAUGUGGAGGGUAGAUUUGAUAGAUUUUGGAGAAAGCCACCAAGGCUUCCUCCUCGCUUAUCACCUGAUGAAAUACGUAGGAACAGUAGUUCUAUUCAUGGGACCAAGAAGCUCAAUGCAGCAUCUGACUGGAUAUCCAGGCAACAAAGUGUUAAGAAUGCAUUUAUCCAUGCAUGGUCUGGCUAUAGAAAUUAUGCAAUGGGUUAUGAUGAACUUAUGCCCCUGAGCCAGAAGGGAAUUGAUGGUUUAGGAGGUCUUGGCGCUACCAUUGUGGAUGCUCUGGAUACAGCGAUGAUAAUGGGACUUGAUGAAGUUGUCUCUGAAGCAGGUUCAUGGAUCGAAAAGCACCUUCCAGAGAGGAUUAAUCAGAAGGACCAAGUUAAUUUAUUUGAAACAACCAUUCGCAUUUUGGGCGGCCUUCUGAGUGCUUAUCAUUUAAGCGGGGGAAAACAAGGGAAAGACCUUAUGCACAAGGGACCCAAACCAAUUGUCUACCUAGAAAAUGCUAGGAACUUGGCUGAUCAUCUGCUCGUUGCUUUUACUUCUAGUCCAACUGCCAUUCCCUUUAGUGAUGUUGUUCUGCACGAUCGAUCUGCUCAUCCUUCUCCCAAUGGAUUGAGCAGCACAUCUGAAGUUUCCACUCUGCAACUGGAAUUCAACUAUCUCAGCUCUCUUACUGGUGAUCCUAAGUACAGAAUGGAGUCUAUGAAGGUUUUGGAGCAUUUUAAAACUCUCCCAAAAGUGGAAGGACUGGUUCCUAUUUACAUAAGCCCUCAUUCUGGUGGAUUUAGUGGGGAAAAUAUUAGAUUGGGAUCUCGUGGUGACAGCUAUUAUGAGUACCUUAUUAAAAUAUGGUUGCAGCAGCUGGAUAGUAAUCUGACAUAUUUACAUGACAUGUAUGAAGAAGCAAUGAAAGGUGUCAGGCACCUCCUUGUUCGGAAAUCUAUCCCAAAUGGCUUGGUCUUUGUGGGGGAGUUGCCUUAUGGAUUUCAUGGAGGAUUUAGUCCCAAAAUGGAUCACCUGGUUUGUUUCCUUCCUGGAACUCUGGCCCUAGGUGCCACCAAAGGCAUUACAAAGGAAAAAGCUAUGAGAGCCAACAAACUCACAUUUGAAGACCUGGAAAAUCUGAAGCUUGCAGAAGAUCUAGCUAAGACAUGCUUUGAGAUGUAUUCAGUAACUUCUACUGGUCUUUCUCCAGAAAUUGCUUACUUCAAUAUUGAGGGUAGUUCUGAAGGAGGUCCUGAUGGUGGCAACAAAAGUUCAAAAUAUGUACAUGACAUAAUUAUCAAAUAUGCUGAUCGUCACAACCUUUUGCGUCCUGAAACUGUGGAGUCCUUAUUCAUCUUGUAUCGCAUUACUGAGGAUCCAAAAUAUCGUGAAUGGGGUUGGCAGAUAUUUAAGGCUUUUGAACAGUAUACAAAGGUUGAUUCCGGAGGUUACUCUUCCCUAGAUGAUGUAACUGUGCUUCCACCUCAUAGAAGAGACAAGAUGGAGACCUUUUUCUUGGGUGAAACAUUGAAGUAUCUGUACUUACUGUUUGGAGACAACACCGUUCUUCCUUUGGAUGAGUUUGUUUUUAACACAGAAGCUCAUCCUUUUCCUAUUAAAAGAACUACGAGGGAGUGAUACCUGACUGCAGUAAGGAUUUGUAUAACAUGUGGUGUGUCACUUCUUUGCGGACACAGUUUGAAAUUGAGAGUGAAAAAGUGUACACCUUUGUUUCUGUUACAUCCAGAAGCAGUGGAAGUCUGGCCAUGAAAUUGACAAGUAUUACAGGCAGCUGAACUUAGUUGUUUUCUUGUGCAAGCAAAUUCAUUGUGGACUGCAUCCCUCUAUCCUGCUGAGAAACCCGAGAGGGAAAAAUAUACUUUGAGGUUCUUUGUCUGUAAGCCAUAAGAUCAUGCCAAUUUUGCAACUUAUUUGUACGACAUUCUUCCCAUUGUGUAAUGGGUUGAAGGCAACUAAAUGCACUUUGACUUUUUUUAGUUGAGUUUUCCUGUAUUAUCAAUUGCUUUUGGGAAAAAAAUUGGAUUGAUUCCUCUA